AUGGACGCCUUCAGUGACUCCGGCGAGUUGUACAACAUCCGCAACCAGUUCUUCACCAACCAGCACCAGAAGGUCAAGGCCUACGCGUUGAGCCACUUUUCUCCCGAACACCAGUUGAAGGUUUUGGAGUACCAAAUCAGAUCCACCGUGGCCUUGGAACAGGAUGCCUCCCAGUUGAUCGAGCACGGAAAGAGCCAAUUCCCAGACAACGAAGAGUUGUUCCAGUUGUUGAGUGCUUGGGACGACUUGAAGUCGUUUGGAACCGACGACUCCACCUACUUCGACGACGUCAAGCAGGCCAAGUUCGAACUCCAGGCAGUUUUGACAGCCAUCUACUUGGUCAAGUUCCAUAAGGACGUCGACGAGGCCAUCAAGUUCUUGACCGCAUACACCCAAACCCAAGGCUCCAGAAAGUACAACGAGUUGGAGGUGUUCUUGGUGUUGAUCCAAUUGCAUUUGAGCCAAGGCAACUUCACGGCCGCAAACAAGAUCUUUGCCACCUUCGAACAGUUCCCCGACUCCACCAGAGACAGCAUCAUCUACCAGGUCUUGGAGUCGUGGUUGCUCUCCAUCAAGGGCGAGUCCGACAACAUAAGCAACGCCUACUACUUCUACGACGAGUUGUUGUCGUCCGACUACAACGAAGAUCCUCAAGGCAAGUUCAAGGUAUUGUCGGUGUUGUUCGUGUUGACCAUACAGUUAAAGCACUACCCCGAGGCCCAGGAAUUGUUGGACCAAAUCGUGGAGUUGAGUCCAAAGCCCAACGCUGACCUCAUUGCCAACAAAAUCACCUACGACUAUCUCACCAACCACGGCGCCAAUGUGCCCCAGUUGUUGGCUGAGUUGAAAGAAGUCCAAUCGGACCACCCCGUUUUGAUCGACUUGAAGGAAAUCAACGCCAAGUUCGACGAAGUGGUUCAAAAAUACAAGGCCGCUGCCUAA